AACUUUUUAGUUUGUCCGGUCAACAAAUAAUAUCUUGUUUAAUUGUGAGUGAAAAAAUAGAGUUAGUUAACACCAUGAAGUUAUCUAUUGGUUCACGAUGUGUCAAAUAUUUGAUGUUCGUCUUUAAUCUACUCUUCGUUUUAACAGGAAUAAUUUUGCUAUCGAUUGGCAUUGUGAUCCAUGGAGUUUAUUACAAAUACCAACAUUUCUUGGACAAUAAAUUUUUAUCAGUUCCCUCGCUGUUGAUUGCAAUCGGUGCAAUUAUCUUCCUCAUCGCCUUUUUUGGAUGUUGCGGUGCUGUCCGCGAAAAUUAUUACCUGAUAAUUACGUUCACGUCGUUAUUGGUCAUCGUUUUUAUUUUGGAACUAUCAGGUGGUAUAUCUGGGUAUGUUUUGCGUGCUAGAGCAUCGUCGAUCGUCCAGGGUAAAAUGAUAGAUUCGAUGAAGCUGUAUGACAACAAUACCGAGAUACAUACGAUUUGGGAUAAGCUUCAGCAAGAUUUCCAUUGUUGCGGAACAAAUGAUGCAUCCGAAUGGACUAAGUUGAAUGCGAGUAUUCCUCUCUCAUGUUGUGACAGUAUGUUACCACCAAAAAAUUGUACUAGUGAAUCCAAAACACUGCACUCCGAAGGUUGUUACAAGGAAUUUCUUUCGUUCAUCAAAUCGCAUGCCGUGCAACUUGGUGGUGUUGGUCUUGGCAUUGCUUUCGUUCAGGCAAUGGGAAUUUGGUUCUCAGUUUAUUUAGCACGAUCGAUUAGAAACAGUUACGAAACCGUGUAGAAUUUGACAAGAAUUCGAGAGAAUUGUCAUAUACGUGACAAAUUCUUUUAAUUGGAAAACAUCCACCAACCAUCCAGAACCUCAUUUAAAAAAUGUUUAUUAUAAGUAACAUAUUUUGUGUCU